AUGAAGAACCCAACAAUUGGAAUUCUCUUAACAAUAACCUGCCUGCUCAUCGCCACCGCCACCGCCACCGCCGCCGCGGCCAACGAAACCGCAUGGCUCCAAACCUUCUGCCGAGGAAACAAAUUCACAACCAAGCUUCAUUUCUACGUUCACGACAUACGAGCCGGCCCUAACGCCACCUUGUUUACCGUCGCUAACGCCUCCAUCACCGCCGCUUCCCCCACCGGCUUCGGCCGCGUCAACGUCUUCGACGACCGCAUCACGGUGUCGCCGGACAUCGCCUCCGAGGAGGUGGGCAGAGCGCAGGGGACCACCGCUUCUGUGGACCUCGCUGUCACGGCAUUCUCCAUGAAUCUCAACUUCUUCUUGACGUCGGGAAAGUUCAACGGCAGCACCGUCACUGUUGUCGGCCGGAACCAGUUCGCCGACGCACAGCGGGAGCUGUCCGUCGCCGGCGGCGCCGGGGCUUUCCGGGAAGCUCGCGGAUAUGCGAUUACUAGCAGUUACUCUUUUGAGGCCGCCACGAAUUACAGCGUGAUCGAAUACACGGUUUAUGUGAAGACUUCUAGAAAAUGUUCUUGA